GAAAGGGCAUCACAAACGGAGAGGGCUUAAUUAUCUUCAACCUAAAACCCUUCUCAGUAUGAUGCUUCUCUUUCAAAUUCAAAACCCUAAAUAAAUUAUUCAUGUCUGAAGCAGCAAGUUCCAAUUCCAAGUGAUAAAGAAAGACCAAAAGUUCAUUACUGGGGAGAGAAACAAUGACGAAAGUAUACGGAACUGGAGUGUUCGACUUCAGACGCCAUCGAGUGGCUGAAUAUCCAGUUGAACAAUUGCAGCAACAACAGAUACCAGAGAAGACUUCGGAUUCGCAAACCGGUUCAAAUGUGCCCAGUUCCAUAACUCUGAGCGAGAUCCAGCGAGACCGCCUCACUAAGAUAGCCAUGGAGAAUUGGUCAAAGGCAGACGGUGGCGAGGGUGGUUCUAAUAAGCCUUUUAGCCCAGAACUCGUGAAUGAGAUCUACGAGACAGAGCUGGUGGUGAAGAGCGGGAGAAAUCCUGUGCCGCUGCAAAGGGUGAUGAUUUUGGAGGUUAGCCAGUAUCUUGAAAAUUACCUGUGGCCAAACUUCGAUCCGAAGACAGCUAGUUUCGAGCAUGUCAUGUCGAUGAUUCUCAUGAUCAAUGAGAAGUUUCGGGAGAAUAUUGCUGCAUGGAGUUGUUUCUACAGCAGAAAAGACAUGUUCAAAGAGUUUCUUGAAUGUGUUCUUCGAUUGAAAGAGGGAAGAAGCUUGAGUAUUGCAGAGAAGACAAAUUACCUGCUUUUCAUGAUUAAUGCCUUUCAGAGUUUAGAAGAUGAAAUAGUGAGCCAAAAUAUCUUAAGACUAGCAAGUCUACAAUGUUGGCACAGCUUAUCCUAUGGUCGUUUUCAGAUGGAGCUCUGUCUUAAUCGAGAUUUAAUGAAAAGAUGGAAAAGAACAACAAAGAAGGCUAAAGAAGCAAUGAAACGUGGAGAAGUAUUUGAUCCCUCAACUAUGGUUGAAGCUACGUUUGUGAGAAAUCUUAUCCACGAGUUCCUAGAGGUACUUGACUCCAAGGUUUUUCCCAACAGAGAGAAUGGGAACGAGAAUGAUAUGCUAGAUGCAAGUGAAUUUUUAGAAGCUGGUGAUGCCUGUAUAUUAUACUGCGAGAGGUUUAUGGAGUUUCUUAUUGAUCUAUUAAGUCAACUUCCAACAAGGAGAUUCCUAAAGCCACUUAUUGCAGAUGUAGCUGUUGUUUCUAAAUGUCAUUUAAGCACCCUUUAUAGACAUGAGAAGGGGAAGUUAUUUGCCCAGUUGGUUGACUUACUACAAUUCUAUGAAGGCUUUGAAAUUGAUGAUCGGUUAGGGAGACAAAGAACUGAUGACGAGGUUGUCCAAUCGCAUUACGACCAGUUUCAAUCUUUUCAGCUUCUUGCAUUUAAGAAGAUCCCCAAGUUGCGCGAACUUGCAUUGGCUAAUAUUGGCUCGAUACACAAGCGGAAAGAUCUGUCAAAGAAACUCUCAGUUCUUUCUCCUGAAGAACUCAGGGAUCUAGUCUGCUGUAAGCUCAAAUUGGUAUCAAAGGAUGAUCCUUGGUCAGAGAGAGUUGAUUUUCUCAUUGAAGUAAUGGUUUCGUUUUUUGAGAAACAACAAUCUCAAAAAGAGGCGAUAAAUGCCCUUCCUCUUUAUCCGAAUGAACAGAUAAUGUGGGAUGAAAGUCUUGUUCCUAGUAUCAACUACACUGGUGAAGGAUGUCUGGCAUUGCCUAAGCUUAAUUUGCAAUUUUUGACUCUUCAUGAUUAUCUGCUCAGGAAUUUUAACCUCUUCCGCCUUGAAUCAACUUAUGAGAUACGGGAGGACAUUCAAGAAGCUUUGCCUCAUCUUCUUGCUCACAUUAAUAAUGAGGGUGAAACUGCCUUCCGUGGUUGGUCAAGAAUGGCUGUACCAAUCAAACAGUUUAGAAUUAAAGAGGUAAAGCAGCCAAAUAUUGGAGAAGUUAAGCCAUCAUCUGCGACAGCUGAAGUCACUUUCAGUAUUUCUAGUUACAAAUCACAUUUAAGAUCUGAAUGGAAUUCUCUUAAAGAACACGAUGUUCUUUUUCUUCUAUGUAUACGUCCUUCAUUUGAGCCUCUGAGCACGGAGGAAGCUUCUAAUGCAACUGUCCCACAGAAGCUUGGUCUUCAAUGUGUUCGUGGCUGUGAAGUUGUUGAGAUACGCGAUGAAGAUGGAACUCUAAUGAAUGAUUUCACUGGUAGAAUCAAACGGGAUGAAUGGAAGCCCCCAAAAGGUGAUCUGAGAACGGUAACUGUUGCUUUAGAUACAGCUCAGUAUCAUAUUGAUGUUACUGACAUAGCAGAGAAUGGUUCAGAUGAUAUCUACCAUUCGUUUAAUAUACUUAUGAGGAGAAAACCCAAAGAGAACAAUUUUAAAGCGAUUCUGGAAUCUAUAAGGGAUCUAAUGAAUGAGUCAUGUAUUGUGCCUGAUUGGCUGCAUGAUAUAUUUUUGGGAUAUGGCAAUCCUUCUGCUGCACAGUGGACUAAUAUGCCCGAUCUUCUUGAGACAGUCGAUUUUAAAGAUACCUUUCUUGAUGCUGAUCAUGUUAGAGAGAGUUUUCCACAUUCUAAGGUUUCCUUUACUCAUCCUGAUGGAACAGAGAACUCAUCACCCAAGCCUCCUUUCCGGAUUCAGCUUCCAAGAAGUUUAAAAGAUGUUCUUGCUCUUCCUGGAAAUGAGAAGUCUGCACUACCUCUAGCUAAUGGUACGGUAGAUGCCAAUUCUGAGAAAGAAGAACUUAUUGUUGAGGCAUAUGUUCCACCUGAUCCCGGUCCGUAUCCACAAGAUCAGCCAAAACAGAAUUCUGUUAAAUUUACAGCCACACAGGUUGGCGCAAUCAUAUCGGGGAUCCAACCAGGUCUGACAAUGGUGGUUGGUCCACCUGGAACUGGUAAAACUGAUACAGCCGUGCAAAUCCUUAAUGUCCUCUACCAUAAUUGCCCAUCGCAGAGGACAUUGAUAAUUACUCAUUCAAAUCAGGCUUUAAAUGAUCUAUUUGAGAAGAUUAUGGAGAGGGAUGUUCCUGCUAGGUACCUUCUUCGCCUUGGUCAAGGUGAACAAGAAUUAGCAACUGACCUUGAUUUCAGUAGGCAAGGCCGAGUAAAUGCAAUGCUUGUUCGGAGGCUGGAACUACUUGCUGAAGUUGAAAGGCUGGCAAGGUCUCUUCAAUUGCCUGCGGACUUGGGUUACACCUGUGAAACAGCUGGGUACUUUUGGCUGCUUCAUGUGUACUCACGCUGGGAGCAAUUCCUUGCUGCUUGUGCGGGGAAUCAUGAGAAGCCCACUUUCAUUCAGGAUCGUUUUCCGUUUAAGGAAUUCUUUUCAAAUGCCCCUCAACCUGUCUUUACUGGAAAAUCCUUUGAGAAAGACAUGCGAACUGCUAAGGGUUGUUUUCGCCAUCUCAAGACCAUGUUUCAGGAGCUUGAAGAAUGUAGGGCAUUUGAAUUAUUGAAGUCAACUGUUGAUCGGUCCAACUAUCUGAUGACCAAACAGGCAAAGAUUGUAGCAAUGACUUGCACCCAUGCUGCUCUGAAGAGGAAGGAUUUCCUUAAUUUAGGGUUCAAGUAUGACAACUUAUUGAUGGAAGAAAGUGCACAAAUCUUGGAGAUUGAAACUUUCAUCCCGAUGUUAUUGCAGAGGCAGGAAGAUGGUCAUGCCAGGCUUAAACGCUGCAUAUUGAUUGGUGAUCAUCACCAGUUACCUCCUGUGGUAAAGAAUAUGGCUUUUCAGAAGUAUAGCCAUAUGGAUCAAAGUCUAUUCACUAGGUUUGUUCGUCUAGGAAUCCCAUAUAUUGAGCUAAAUGCCCAGGGAAGAGCCAGGCCCAGUAUAGCUAGACUUUAUAACUGGAGAUAUAGAGAUCUAGGGGAUCUUGCAUCUGUAAAAGAGGAUAUUGUUUUUCAUAAAGCAAAUGGUGGAUUCUCAUAUGAAUAUCAGUUAGUGGAUGUUCCUGAUUACAAUGGCAGGGGCGAGACUGCCCCUUCUCCAUGGUUCUAUCAAAAUGUUGGAGAGGCUGAGUACAUAGUCAGCGUCUACAUAUACAUGCGCUUGUUAGGCUACCCUGCAAACAAGAUAUCCAUCUUAACAACUUAUAAUGGUCAGAAGCUUCUCAUACGUGAUGUAAUUUCCAGAAGAUGUGUUCCUUACAGCUUCAUUGGCCCGCCACACAAGGUUGCAACUGUUGAUAAGUUCCAGGGGCAGCAGAAUGAUAUAAUCUUGCUCUCUCUUGUAAGAACACGAUUCGUGGGUCAUCUUCGUGAUGUUAGAAGAUUGGUUGUUGCCAUGUCUCGUGCUCGGCUUGGACUUUAUGUUUUCUGUCGCCGUUCCCUAUUUGAGCAGUGCUACGAACUUCAACCCACAUUUCAACUUCUUCUUCAGAGACCUGAGCAUCUAGCCUUGAAUUUAAAUGAACCAACUUUGUUUACAGACCGUCAUGUUGACGACACAGGACCAAUACAUUUUGUUAGUGGGCCUGAAGAGAUGGAAAACAUAAUCAACUUCAAAAUAUAUCAGGCACAGACAGCAAGUCAUCAGUUUUCAACUCCCAUAGAAAAUACAUCCGUGCAAGAAUUAGAAGAUGGAAGUACAAUGGCUUCAAACAGUGCAACUGAUGACAACAACUUAGAUACAGCCAUGGAAACAGAAGAUAACUCAGAUAAAAAUGAAAAAGUUUCGAGCGAAGAAGGCCUUGUGACAAUAGGAACUGGGGAAGUUACUGCAGAAGAGGAGCCAAAUUCAAAUGAUGAAACUUCUAAUCCAAAUUCAAAUGAUGAAACUGCUAAUCCAAAUUCAAAUGAUGAAACUGCUAAUAUUGGAACGAAUUCAAAUGAGGAAACUGCGAUGGAGCAAUAGUUACGAUGGACUAAAUCUCAAAUGGUGUGUAAUAUGCCUUCAUGGGAAAGCUGAGAAGAACCGAGGCUAGUAUAUGAGAAUUAGAACCUGCAGAGAAUUGUUUUGAAUUCGAAAUGUGUAGAAAUGAUACCACCGUUUUGUUCUGUUUGUUCGACUGGUGGAUUGUAGCCUUUUAGUCGGCUUCUUUCUCGAUUAAUUAAAGCAGCACGUAAAAGCAUUGGGAGACGACAAUUAGUUUUAUUGAACAAAUUUUCUGUUGUAAAAUCUGAUUUGGCUGGAGAAUCUGCACUUUCAUUUUACCAUUUUAACUUUAAUUGGAUUUAUCU